GCGUUUAUAAUUAGCGUCACUAAAAGUGUAUAUUAUUUGUAACGUUUUAACUUAGCGUCGGUAAAAGUGUAUGGAUUUCACGACGUUUUUUAUUUUCAUCAGUAAAAAUAUAUAUUUUUAGUGACAUUUUAGGGUUGGCGUCGCUAAUAUAAUAUGCAUUUAUCGCGACAUGUUACGUUAGCGUCGCUAAAAAACUUUUUUUCGCAACGUGUUAGAUUAGCAUCGCUAAAAGGCUCGUCCACCAUAUUUCGUCAAUUCCGUCUUAGAUCCUUUAUUUUUGUUUGAGCGGGCUCCCAAAUUUUCCAAACCCCGCUUCUAAAAGUUUUCCCCCUUCUGUUUUCCUCAAACAUGCUCAAAAUUUCCAAAACCCUCCCUUUCAAAAUUUCUCUAGCUUCCUCCUCGUCCACGCCUUCCUCUCCCGCCCCCUCUAAUUCGUCCUCCUCGACGGUGGCGCCUACAUAGCCAUCGUUGACGCCGCCCGAGUACAUCGGAGAUCUGAUCCCUCCACCCCCGUCGCCUCCGCCCCCACCGCCUCCGCCCCCGCCGAGGGUUUCAGGCGCCACCAGCCGAGCGUUUCCCUCCUCUCCUUGGCUCCCUCCGCCAGCUGCCUCUCCUUCACUUCCCCUCGUUCGACACCUCCGCUUGUUCGCCGACCAUCCCAAUUGUUUCGGUUCAAUAAUCUUUCUUCUCAAAUUUUGAUUUUUUUAUUUUUUUUACCAGCAAGAAAAAAGAAGGAAGUGAAGAAAGAGACAGGACUUGGGAUGAGGUUUAAGAAAGAUGAAAACUUUGGUGAAUGACAUUCUGAGUGGUGAUAUGAUCGAGUAUUAUGAUAUUUCUGGAUGUUAUAUACAAAGGCCUUGGACAAUAGCAAUUUGGGAAAGCAUGCAAGUUGCAUGGGUUACAAAUUCAGGUCAGAGUGAACUGGAAAUUCCUAUUGCAAUUCGUCCCACAAGUGAGACUGUUAUGUAUCCAUACUAUUCUAAGUGGAUUAGAAGUCACAGGGACUUGCCUUUGAAGCUUAACCAAUGGGGCAAUGUCGUGCGUUGGGAAUUCAGCAAUCCUGCUCCUUUCAUUAGGUGAUAGACCACGGCAUAUCGGAACAAAUGAUCAGUGCUGUGAUGGAAGUUGCAAAAGAAUUCUUCGACAUGCCUAUGGAAGACAAGGCCGUAUGCUAUUCACUUAUUCAGAGGAUUUCAAAAAAGUCCCCAGACUUUACACGAGCCAUGGCUGCAGCAAUCACGAAAGACAAUUAAGGAGGGACUGCUUGCGACUUGUUUACUAUGGACCUGGCGAUGAAUUCAUGCACCUCUAUCCCCAAAAGCCCACCACAUUCGGAUACUCGACUCAACAAAGUUUUCAUGCAGCUGGGGCUACAGCUAAGUGGGUUUCUAUAUUGUCAGGGAUAUCAUUGUCAAAUUCGUAGCAGAGGUAGAAGGAUCGGCCACCAGGAUCCUAAAAUUAAUAUCCCAGGAAUUAGGACUAGGUGAAGAUUACCUUAGCAGAUGUCUUUUAUAUUUAGUACUAAUUUAAAUGAAAUAUUUUCCCUUGUAGACAUAUAUAAUGGGCGUAAUGCCACAAAUGAAGUAUUUUCCCAUUGCAUGGUG